UAAACGCACUGGGAUCCGCGAUAAUCAGUAUACACGAUACGGUUAUCAAGGAGAGUGCCAUGGCAGCGAGUAUAUACCUGAAAGUAGUUUUCUUACUCGCGGCGUGGACUUACACAGUUAUUUGUGAGAAUAUAGACGAGUUUCGGGAGCACACAAAACGGAUAUCUCCCAAUAAGUUUCCGUGUAGCGAGCCACAACCUAGAGUGUUAUAUCUGAAAGACCUCGUAGAAGAAAAUGUGUACCAGGAGAAAUAUAGAAAUAUAAUACAGCAUAUUUAUCCUAUCAAUACAAUCCUGCACAGAUGUGAAAAUACUGGAUGCUGCGGGAAGUUCAACGAAAGAUGCAAAGCUAUGAAUGAUGAUGAUGUUGAUUUGACUUUUAUGAGUGUUCGUAGUAGUUCAGUUGAGUUCUACCACAUAUCUGCCACAAAUCACACGUUGUGCGGGUGUCAAAAAAUUAGCGAAAACGAUAUUAAAUAAUUAUAGACUGUUAUUAAUUAUGUGAUAAUGCUCAAAAUGUGAUAUUAUUAAUUAAUUAUUUAUUGAUAUUUUAUUCUCUAGACUGUGUUUGUAAGUGAGGUAGAAAUAAAUGUGAAAAUAUU